AUGAGUCCAAUAAUCUACAAAGUGGCCGUCCUAAUAUUCCACGGCGCAGACAUCCUCGACUUCACCGGACCAAUCGAGAUCCUCUCCCACGUCUCAAGCAGAUACAAGGACAAAGAGAAAGGCGAAGACAGCGACAUCAGUGAACCUCCCCACGGAGAUGGACACCCAAUCUUCGAAAUCACGACCAUCGCCCGCGAUGAAACCAUCACAACAAGCUGCUCAACGAAGAUAAAAGCAGACAUGCUCCUAUCAACCGCCUACUCAAUAAUCAACACCUUUGACAUCCUCAUUGUGCCCGGCGCCGCACCAAAGCUGAUUCACGCUCUGAUCGAACACGAGACGCCAGAGAAAGAUCUCGUCCGCGCAUACGCCCGGACAAACCUGUCCCGACACCGAAUCAUCUUCUCCAUAUGCACGGGGGCAUUCUUGCUCGGUGCAGCGGGGAUUCUACCAGGGACGACGGUGACGACGCACCAACAUGCACUAGAAGUGUUGCGGGGGAUCUGCGCCAGCGGCAACGGCAACGGCAACGGCAACGGGACGAAAGAUAUACCGCAAAUUGUCCGACGACGAUUCGUGGACGGUGGAUAUGUGCGUGAAUCGCGGGUUCAGGUAGUGACAGCUGGGGGGGGAUUAGUUCCGGGCUAG